GCUGGUUUUUUUUGUUUUUAACAGGUGCUGUGUUUUAUGCUCGGGUUCAUGGGUUCUGAAUCGAAAGCGGGUUCUUUCGAUGAUGUUGAGUGUCAAUGUACAGAUUCAGUGCAGAAGUCAGAAUCUUCAAGUGUUAAGGACACCAAGAAGUGUGUUGGAGAGCGAGUUGCUUCAAUUUUGGAUGACAAGUCAUUUGCUCAAUGCGGAGUCACUUUGGAUGUUAGAGGCGAGACCGGAGAUGCAUUCCUUGAUCUCGAAUCUCCCCUUGUGGCAUUGGAGAAAGAAAUGGCUUGCCACACUCCUAAGGACGAUGCAUUGGGCAACAGGGUCAUUGAUGGUCGCGACAAUCUACAAAUGACUUAUCAAAAGCUAAAGCAUACGGAUGAAUGGCGAAGCAGCAUUCCUCGGCAGCUUAAUUUCGGCCCCUCAACCGAUGGUUGGGGAGCUGGAAUUUGUGGGAGGGAUCUUGCCAUGCUGUCAGACGAGGAAAUGGUCGAAUUAAUUUACCAAUAUUUAUUAGAGAUGAUUCUGCUUGAGAAGGCUGAGGAUCUUCUUGCUGAAAAGUCGGAGGCGAAGCGGGAUUUCGACGAUUGCAGGACGCCUCCUUCCGCGCCACGAUCAAAUGACACUGUAGAAAGUUGUCCUGGCGCUCCUGUAAAACGCAUGACUCAAUCGAGGAAUGUCCCUUCGGGUUUAUGCAGAAAGCUUCAGUUUUGAUACUUUUGACUGCUGUGCUGUUGAGUGUUGAGACCUAUACAGGUUCUUCUUCUUCUCUUAGUACGAACCAGACAAUUAUAUGCUAAUUCAGGAUUGUAACAUAUAUUCCUUAACAUCAUGAUCAUGCAGAAGUAUUUUUUUCGGGGAAAUGUGUCCUUAACAUUCUUUUGUCAGAACGUUUGCUCUGUCUGCUUUUUGGAUUGAAUUUGUGUAAAGUCAGGAUGUAUUAUUUUCCUUUA